CUAUCCUACCACCAUUCAUAAGUGCGGCAUUUCAUCAAACACAAAAGCACAAACAAUGUUCCAGUGAAGCACAUGGCAUGGCAAUAUGAAAUCCACGUGGCAUGAACCCAAAACCCUUAAAGCCACGUCUCAUCGUUUCAGCUCAGCUUCUGUCUCUUUCUCUGCUUCUCUCUUCUCCUUCAACCCUACUCCACACCUUACACAGAAGCCAAACAUACACUGCGUAAAGAAAGAAAAAAAAAAUGCGUUUUAUCAAACCACAUGGAAAGGUCUCGAAAUCCAUAUUCUCCGUAUGCCGUAGGCUACACAAUGAACACAAUCUACACCAUGCUGGUUCAAUGGCCUCGCUCCUGAGAUCCCGGUCUGUUGUCCGGUUCAGCGGCCCAGAAACUAUUAAGUUUCUACAAGGUUUAUUGACCAACGAUGUAAGGAAGUUCGGUGAACUCCCGGGUAAGAGAGACAACACGUCCACGGUGCCAACACCCAACUUGCCUUCUGAGUCUGUUUCGCCUGUUUACGCGGCGCUUUUGACUCCUCAAGGGAGGUUUUUGUACGACUUAUUCUUGUAUUCCCCGCCUAGACCCGACGAAAAGCUGAACCGGCGGGGGUCUGGACCCGCUUCCAAUAAAGAUGACGGGUCCGUCGAGUUGUUUGCUGAUGUUGAUGGGUCAGUCUUGGAUGAGUUAUUGCAAACUUUUAAGAAAUAUCGGUUGAGAACUAAGGUUGAGAUUGAAAAUGUUGCCGAGGAAUUCUCCUGCUGGCAACGUUUUGCUGAGAAGAUCUCUCAAGCAUCUUCACCUAUAGAAGAGCCAGAGGCUGGUAGUGUUGGCUGGGGCAGUGGUAUUGAUCGUUCUGGUGUGUCAGCUUCAUGUGGUAACAGUGAUGGAUGGCAAUGGUUUAAGGAUCCCAGAUUGGUGUGUCUUGGAUACAGGGGAAUUUUUCCAUCUGGAACAACUCCACCUUUGGUGGAGGCUGACAAAGAAACAGGUGAAGAGAAUUACGUUUUAUGGAGAUUAGAGAAGGGAGUCGCUGAAGGCUCAACUGAAAUUCCGAAAGGAGAGGCGAUGCCAUUGGAAUACAAUCUUUCUGGUCUAAAUGCGAUAAGUUUUGAUAAAGGUUGCUAUGUUGGUCAAGAGUUAAUUGCUCGAACACAUCACCAGGGGGUUAUUCGCAAGCGCUUGCUUCCUUUAAGGUUUUUUAAUGAUAAAGGAAAAGAAGUAGAGCAGAAAGUUGCUCUUGGCGCAGAAGUAAUUAAUAUGAAAACUGGCAAGAAGGCUGGAAAGGUAACAACUGCUCUGGGCUGUUGCGGGCUGGGUGUCUUGCGGUUGGAGGAAGCGUUCAAAGUAUCAGGUGUCUUGACUGUACAAGGACAGGAAAAUGUGAGGGUUGAGGCCAUGAGACCCCAAUGGUGGCCUGCUGAGUGGUUUCGAGAGCAUCAACUGGAUACUGCGGUUGCUUAGAGAGUUGUAUUAUUUGAGGAUAGUUGUGGAUAAUGGUUCUCUCUGCGAACCAUAUGAAUACUGCAGAUGGUGGCGUUCAAACUCUGGCUGUGCUAGUAUAUACACUUCAAAAUUUGUAGCCUCAAAUAAAAAGAGGAUGAUCUGAGAGAAUUUGGGUUGUAGUUAUUGUCAUACAUGGGAUAAGUUAUAAACAGAAACCAAUAAAUAUAUCAAUAAUUUAACUGUUUUAACCCCUAA